AUGGACAGUCCCAGUGAAGGUAGAACAAUAGCUGAUCAGAGACAGGAAAAUGGUUCAAUAUUGCAGGCACCUAUUGCCCUCGAAAGCGGUGCGCUGAACCCAAGGGUUACUCUGGUCCGUGUCUCCAUCCAAAAGGAAGGGCCAGACAGUAAUAUCAAGAGCCAACAGUGGUAG